AUGGGGAAUGUGGGGGAAUGGUGUCUGAGAGAAGACAGAGACUAUGCGAAACUGUCAGUCACCUUUUCUGCUUCCGUGACAACCACGCAAGGAAUGGAACAGUCCACUCCAAGGACUGGCCCCAGUGUGCCCCAGCUGGGAAACAUGGAUGUCAUACAUUCAUAUCUGUGUAAAGGAUUGCAAGAGAAGUUCUUGAAGGGGAAACCCAAAGUCCUUGGGGUUAUGUGUGGACAUAAGUUUUCAACUCAUGUUGUGCAGAUUCUGAUUGCCUUGAUGAGCCUUAGCAUGAGAAUAAUAAUGAUGUGUGUUGCAUUUAGUUCUUAUGAAGAACGUCCCAUUUUUGUGUAUGCUGGGUACACAAUUUGGCGAUCAGUGAUGGAAUUAUCUGAAGAAUUUAACCUGAGGAAUAAUGGGAUCAUAUUUGUGUUUUGGCGAGAGAUUAGAGUUGAAACCACUAUAAGGAGACAAGUUAGAAGACUACUGAAAUAA